AUGGUGAAACUCAAGGGUGCGGGGCACACUGGAGGCCCUUCUCACACUACUGCUGAGCUCUCGACCGUGGAAUUUGAUUUCCAAAUUCUCAAGGAUGAAACCACGGCCAGGAUCGGAGCCAUUCAGGGGUCGGUGGCGACGGUUCAAGACUCGGUCGCGGCUUUGCGUGCAAAAUUAUUGGAGGAGAUACGUUUAAUGCGAGCUGAGGCUCAACAACCUCAAUUGCAGACGGGAUCUCCUCAAAUCAGCUUUGGCACUCUACCUCCUGUGGCUAGCACACCGAUCUCUACCUCUCCUGCCUCUACUGCGGCCGCUUCUACAGCCUCUCACACGGAGAGUAUGGGUAGCAGUCCUAAACCUAAUUCAUCGAAUCCUCCUCUAACUUUAGGUGAACAUGAUGUGGUGCUUGGAUUUGCUAGUGAAGUAUACUCUAAAUUGAUAAAUGCUGAUGGUAUUGUGCAAACUACUGGUGCUAAAACUCGAGAAACUGUUGUUUUGCAUAGUACAAUGGGUGAUACUGCUGUUAAUUUGAACAAUGCCUACUCCACCCAGAUGCCAUAUUUUUGGAACAAUAAUGGUGGCUCACAGCCCUUUGGUCAAUUUGUUGGACCUAUUUUGAAGGCUUUUGCAGGUUAUUCCCAAGCAAUUGGUUAUGUUGGUCAACCAUCCUAUGGUUCUGCUCCUACUUCACAUUUUAGUGACACUAAUCCUUUUACUAUGAAGUACUCCGGACCUUACUCACAUUCACCCAUUAAUUUCAUAUCUGUAGCACAACCUACCCAGCCAUUUGCUAGCCCUACAUAUCUGAACCAAUCUCUCCCUUCCCAUCAUCAAACUCUUACUGGUGCCUCUGGCUUCCAUUCCCAUCAGCCUUCUAUGCAGGCUGCGACAAAUUUGGGAGCUCAAAUGUUUCAACCUUAUUACCCUACACAGCUGCAGCCCCAACCACAAUACACUUUGCAACAACACCAGCAACCCUUUGAUCCACAGUUACCUACCAUGAAGCAAAUGAGGUUGGAGUUUGGUAAUUUUGGGGGAGGUGAUCCUGUUGAAUGGCUCAACAAGGCAGAGCAAUUUUUUGAGUUUUACAAAAUUCCUGAAGACAAAAAACUUGCCAUAGCCACUAUGCAUCUCACUGACAAAGCCUCAGAUCGAUGGUUUAUGUUUAAGCACGAGUUUCCUUAUACUUGGCAAGGCUUAGCUGAUCUUUUGAUGAGGGAAUUCAGUGGCCAUAAUGUCAUUGAUUACCAGGCUGCAUUGGCUAGAAUGUCUCAAACUGGAAGUGUAGAAGAGUACAAAGAGCAGUUCACAAAACUUUCAAGGAGAGCACCAGGGUUCUCUCAACAAGUCUUGUUGUCUUGCUUUUUAGGAGGAUUAAAGAGUGAAAUAAGAGCUGAUGUGAAGGCUCAAAAGCCUAGAACACUAUAUGAAGCUUGUGAGUUGGCUAGAAUCUAUGAGGAAAAGGAGGCAUCUCACAAGGGUCUGAACAAAUUCAAUCAAGGCCAAAGAACAUUUCCCACUCCCAAUUUCGGCAAUCAGUUCAAGUCUAUUACACAUGGUGGCUCCAGUAACCAAGCUAAACCAACAACAGUGGUACAACAUAGACCUGCUGUACAAACUAACAACAAUGUUGUUGGACACAGAAGGCUAUCUCAAGCGGAGUAUCAAGAAAGAAGGGCAAGGAAUCAAUGUUUUUUUUGUGAUGAAUUAUUCCGGCCUGGUCAUAACUGCAGAAAGGGACAAUUGAUGGUGAUUGAGGUAGUGCAGGAAGAAAUAGAGUUAGCUGGACCAACAGUUAAUGAAGUCAUUGAAGAACAUGUUCAGCUUGAUGAAGGCACUAUUGAACCUGAGGUUCAGUUGCAGGUGAUGGGGGAGCAAGACAAUUCUGACACAAUGCAAGUAAAAGGAUGGUUUAACAAGAAAGUAGUGCAUGUCUUAAUCGACACAGGAGCCUCCCAUAAUUUUAUUCAUCCAUCAUUACUCAAAAAAUAUAAGGCUCAGAUUGUCGACAUUAAGCCACUCAAAGUGAGAUUGGCUAGUGGGGCUCUCAUGCAAACUAAAGGCCAGGUGAGUUGUGAAGUGGUUCUUGGAGCAGCUUGGCUCAGGACAUUGGGAGACAUAACUUGGAAUUUUGAAACAAUGAAGAUGCAGUUCCAUUCUAACCAAGUUAAAUAUGUGUUACAAGGGGAGACAAAAUCUCAAGCUUCUGUUGUAAGCUGCAAAUCCAUGUCCAGGUUGUUGAAGAAAGAAAAAGAAGCAGUACUAGUACAAUUGAGUCCAGUUUCUGUGCAGGGUGCCAAGGCAGCAGUACAUCCUGAGAUCCUUAAGUUGGUACAGCAGUAUACUGAGAUUUUUCAGCCUCCAACAACCUUACCACCAGCUAGAGAGCAUGAUCAUAGGAUUGAGUUGUUACCUAACACCACAGCUAUCAAUGUUAGGCCUUACAGGUAUCCACACUUCCAAAAAUCUGAGAUUGAGAAGAUUGUGCAAGAAAUGUUAGCCAAUGGAAUCAUUAGACCAAGUGUAUCUCCUUUCUCAUCUCCUGUCAUUUUGGUCAAAAAGAAGGAUGGCACAUGGAGGAUGUGUGUGGACUAUAGAUCCUUAAACUCUGCCACUGUGAAGGACAAGUACCCUAUACCAGUAGUAGAUGAGCUUAUUGAUGAAGUGCAUGGGGCUUCCAUUUACACCAAACUUGAUCUAAGAUCUGGAUAUCACCAGAUUAGAAUGUGUGAAGCUGAUAUCAAUAAGACGGCAUUUAGGACACAUUCAGGACAUUAUGAGUUUUUGGUGAUGCCCUUUGGUGCUAACAAAUGCCCCAUCCACCUUUCACAAAAUUUUCUAAAGGUCAAAGAGAGCAAAUGCAACUUUGGAGUGUCUCAAGUAGAGUAUUUGGGACACAUAAUCAGUGUUGAAGGAGUAGCAGUGGAUCCAUCCAAGAUUGACUGCAUAAAAAAAUGGGAAAAACCAAGAACAUUGAAAGGCUUAAGAGGAUUCCUUGGCUUAGCAGGAUAUUAUCGGAAGUAUGUCAGGAAUUUUGGGAUGAUAGCUAAACCUCUUACAGAUAUGCUCAAGAAAGACAAUUUCAAGUGGAGUGAAGAAUCAGAAAAGGCCUUUGAGUCACUCAAGCAAGCUCUCAUCUCUACACCUGUUUUAGCAAUCCCAGAUUUUAACAAGGAAUUUGUAGUUGAGUGUGAUGCUUCUGACAAGGGCAUUGGUGUUGUGCUUUCACAAGAGGGUCACCCUGUAGCAUUCUUGAGUAAGGCCUUGGCCCCAAGACACACCACCUUAUCAGUUUAUGACAAGGAGAUGAUGGCAGUAGUUUAUGCAGUCCAACAUUGGAGACCUUAUCUACUUGGACAUCACUUUAAAAUCUACACUGAUCACAGGACAAUUGAACAUUUUUUGAAGCAAAGAAUUACUACUCCAGCUCAACAAAAGUGGCUACUCAAGUUAAUGGGGUAUGAUUAUUCCAUUUUUUAUAAAGCUGGCAAAAACAAUGCCGCACCUGAUGCCCUAUCAAGGAACCUUGAUCUGUCUACUCUGACUGGUGUCUCACAACCUAUCCACAAGUUUGUGUUGGAUAUUCAAGCAACCUGUUUGUCAGAUCCUGAAGCUGCCACAAUUAUCCAGGACUUACAGCAGAACAGGGAGAGCAGAAAGCACUAUGCUAUGCGUGAUUCUCAGCUUUUUUUAUAA